UUUGGCUUUGGCCUUCGAUGACAGUCUUCGUUUGCCAGCGGUGAAUGAAACAGGUCACACGGACCAGGUGCCAAUUCACCCCACUACUCUGCAGGGUUACAUCAUUCCCUUCGUUAUGGCACUUCAGGGUGAAGAAAGAAAGCGACCUCUUUUGGUGUCUUUUGGCAAUCCUUUGCUAGACAUUACUGCAGUUGUAAAAGACAGAAGUCUACAUGAUAAUUUCCAGCUUCCUGUAGAUGGACAGCUUGAAGUGAAUGAGAAGCAGCGAGCUUUAUUCAAUCUAGUUACCAAAGAGUAUCCAGUAGAAUAUACAGCAGGAGGAUGUGCACUUAAUUCAUCACGUGUCUUUUGCUGGGUAUUAGGAGAACCCAAUAGGGUUGUUUUUGUAGGUGGCAUCGGCAAAGAUGAGGAAGCUCAAAAACUUAAAACAAUAACUCAAAAUAGUGGAGUUGUCAACAGACUUGUCGAAGUUGAUGACCAACCUACUGGAACAUGUUUGGCCCUUGUCCUUGGUUCAUGUCGAUGUUUGUGCGCAGAUAUUGGUGCUGCUAAUGUCUGUGAACCAGAGCAUGUCUUCACUCCUCAGUUUCUUCCAGUUCUUGAAGAAACAGAUUUCAUAUAUGUUGAAGGCUAUUUUAUUACGCACAGUUUCAACACUGCAUUACAGAUUGCCAAGUAUGCCAAGCAACAUAACAAAACGUUUGUGUUUAACCUGUGUGGAAGCUAUGUAUGUGAAAAUCAUCCCAAUGAGCUAGCUGAACUUUUGCCAUAUGUAGACAUACUUUUUGGUUAUGCAGAAGAAUACAAGACAUUAGACAGAUUUGUUGAUGUUGAAAAGUUGACUAUGCAACUCACAAAUGGGCAAGAUUUUCUUCCCAGUCUUUUGAAAGCUCUAAGGGUUCUUAAGGGCGAAGAAAAAAUUAAAAGGGACAAGAAGAAUAUUUCCAUUGAAGAUGGAAACUCAUUAGUAGAGAGAACUCAUCAGAUAUCUCACGAUCCACAGUUCAACCAUUAUAAUGGUGUAAGCUCCAAUGGCAUCAUUGAAGAAUUAUGUAAUGGCUUCUCUAAUGGUAAACUUAGUGAGUGUAGUGCUAAAAAUAAUUUAUCGGAAAAAACAGGAUUACCGAAGCAGAAGUUGGUUAUUGUAACAAAUGGCCCAAAACCUCUUUUAUAUGUCAGUAAUAGAAUUGCUCGAGAGCGGCUGGUGCCCCCAAUCUCUUCAAAAAAGAUUAUCGAUACAACAGGUGCUGGUGAUUCUUUUGUGGGGGGGUUCCUUGCUGCCUUGAGCAGAGGGUUACCUUUAGAGCAGUGUCUAGACUGUGGUACCUGGACUGCUCAACAGCUAUUACAACAGAAGGGAUGCACAUUACCGUCAUACCCUGCUACAUUUUUUGGUGAAGACUGAAUUACAUUAGACUUGUUAAUCUUGUUAUUAGCUGUUAUAGUGCACUUGAUAAAUUUUUUGCUCCCUAUUAGAUGCUUGCUAACUUAUGCAGUUUUAUGCUCACUCUGAAGUGAAUUUCACAAAGAAUUUAAUAUUUGAACCAUCUAGUCAGCUGUUACUGCUGCUUUUCAAAUGAAGUCCCUUUAUGUUUUUUAACUGCAGUGACCUCUUGUAACAACAAAAGGUUCUCAUUGUUAUUGGGUGCCAGAAGUGCAACGUGCAGCUGCAUCUAAUAUGUAGAAUCAAGGCUGCAAUGUAAUUUUCUAUUGUAGAAAAGUUCAAACUAUUACAAGUAUUGUGAGCCUGUAGAAUGUCUUAUGUGCUCCAGUAUAUCAAGUUUUAAGAAAUGUACAAGCAAAAGAAGUAGACUUUUGCAACAGUAAGUGAAAUGCUUUUGGUAUGGUACUUAACUGUAGUCUUAUAAGAUUAUACCAGAUGUAGUUGAUCCAAUACACAUCACAUGUACUAUUGUGAUGUCCAUUGAUAGAUAGGUAUUAAAAUUGAUUGUGGCUGUGUAGUUACAGAAUUAAGGAAUUUCAGUACUGAAUUAAUCAGUGGCAUGCAAGACAAGAAUACUGUGUGCAUUCAAUAUAGAAAAGCCUAAUACUUUACCGGAGUCAUAAUUGUCAGUCAUGGAGAGAUCUGAAAUCCAUCUCUAUAAUAGUUUUAUACUUCUAAGCUGUCAUCUGAAGCCAUCUUAUUAGAUGGAGUUCAGUCUCUAUUUCUCUUGUUACUACAUCAUUACUUGGACACAGUGUAAGAACUUCAUUAUAUUUCAAUCCCUUGCAUCUUUAGCCUACUGUUGAUAUUGUCUGUGGUUUGUAGUUCUCCUUACAAGCUAUUACAUCAAAUUCCCUCUCAUAGGUGCAACCUUUACCAAUCUUCUUAUGCUGUUUGCUUCAGCACAAUAUAAGUGGCAUGAGCAGUUGACAAAGGUGACAUGUUUUAGGGAUGACCCCAAACUUUAUCUACCACAUCAUUUUAUUGCUAAUGCUGAACUUGGAAAAUAGGGCUAGGUAAUAUCACUGCUAUUCUUAAUUUUUUUUUCUUUUCAAGGAAGAUUAUAUUAUCAUGUUGUGCUCAGUAAAAGCUAUUCAUUUACCCACAUUGGUAACUAGAUCAUUAUUACCACUAGAGCUUACAGCUAUCACUGAAGAGGAUUAAAAUCUCAUAAAGGGUGAAUUUCAUAAGGCCAUAACAUUAUCUCAAAAUUAUUGCGUACUUUUUUUAUAUACAUAAAAGUCCCAGUUAUCUAAAAAUAAGUUAGUGAAUGUUGAUUAGACUAACAGCAUCAUAUACUGUAACUGUUUGCCAAAUAGUUAUUGGGAGAGAUAUAAUAAGCAUACUGUUUCAUAUAUCUUCAUUGUAAUGCCAAUUUCUUUAUACAGGCAGGCCCCGGUUACUGUUGGUAUCAGUUACUGGUAUUCCAGUUUUACAGCGCUUGUUCAAUAUAUUCAUAACUGGGUUUUACCUUCCCUAGGGUUUAUAGCACCAUUGUCUGGUUAUUGGGGGCUCAGCCUAAGUGCCGAAACCAUCUCAUAAAAUACAAACAUGAAUAUGCAUCUUUUCCUUGGGUCUUUUAAAAAGUUAUCCUUUACUUCGCUGUAUCCAAUAAUCCUGUAUGUAGUCUUAUAUUACUAUUGUAUUAUGAAAUACUAACAAACCAAUCAUGUUUGGGCUUGGAAAAAUCAGCUGGUGGAGAUAAGUUUAUUUUGCCAUAUUAACUCAAUUCAGGACAUUUUUUCUUGCUUCUAUUUAGCGUAAAUUAAUCUUUAGAAACUAUUUAAAUGGGAAAAGGUUAUGUUUCAUUAUAUGAAGUGUUUUAAAGUUGAAAUAUGACUUCAAAGUGUCUUGUGACACUAGAUUUAGUUAUUUUUUUUGUUAAUAGAUGGUGUUGUUGCAAUCUUGUUUUGGUUUGGAAAAAUCAGCUGAGGGAGGUAAGUUUUUUCGCUGCAUUUAACUCAAUUCAGAGCGAUUUUCUUGCUUCUAUUUAGAGUAAAUUAAUCCCUAGAAACUAUUUAUUUGGGACAAGGUUAUGUUUCAUUAUAUGAAGUGUUUUAAAGUUGAAAUAUGGCACAAAUACGUCUUCUUGUGAACAAGAUUAUUUUUAUAGUCAAUAGAUGGGAUUGGGAGCAUGGUAUUUGUGGAAAAAAUUAGCAGAUUCAUUUUGCUAUUUUUCCAUAUUUCUUCAUAAUAUGAGCUCUAUGUACGUAUUUAUUUUUUAAUGACAUAAAAACAACAGUAAAAUCUGUUCUUUCAUGCCCAGCAUUUUUCUUAGAAUUCUUUUUUCUCCACUAUUAUUUGCGGUCUAGUUUCAUCCAUGUUACUGAUGCUCGAUAAUUUAUAGUCUUUAGCAGUAUGAACAUUGUUUCCUCAGUUUCAGCUAUAAAUGCAGCUUAAAUUUAGCAGUACAUACUAUAUUUUCGUGCCGAUAUUUUCUCCAUAGCGAAUAAAUGUAUAAUGUAAAAAUAUAACAGUUCUAUUCUACUUAAUUAAUGUCAUUUGUAAGAAAACUACGGUAAAUACUUGCUAUCGUACAUUGGCUGAAAUACAACGAAACUUCAUCAGAUUCGGUUCAGUUGAAUGUAUUCUGAAAAAGGUGACCUUUUUUUUUUCUCUUUCUCAUUCUAGGAAAAGAUUUACUUGUAAGUUCAUUGGAUUUGACAUUAAAAAUUUGUAGAACUACCAUGCAGACCAUAGUAGUAAAGGAUUAGGCUAGUGAAAUUCCACAUUUUCAUUAAAGACUUAUUAGAUAUUUGGGCAGAAUAUCUGGCCGUGACACUGUCCAAGGCAUCAUUAACCACUCUAGGGCACUGUAAUAUGGAUUGUGGCACCUGUAGACUUUUGAAUUUCAGUUGGCAAUGAAUUUCGGUUACCGUCAACCCCCCAGGAGCGGAACUCCUGUCAGUAACCAGGGCCUGCCUGUAUUACAAAGGCAGUAGAAAAUUUUCAGUACUUUGAAUGUGUGAAAGGUAUAAUGUUCAGUCAUGCCCAAAACUGAUGCAAAGUAAAAUAUGCGAUUGCCAAGUUGUGGUAGGGAUUUUUUGUUUUUUUCCAAUGCCAUUAUUUGUCUGCGUUCAUGAAUCAACUAACAUUAUUUUUCUUCCUUGGAUAUAAAUGAUUGAUUUUGUGAAUUGAUAUCAUUCUUAAUCUUUGUAAAUUGAAUUUUUCUCUACAUUGCUUAGUUGAAAGCAUGGUGCAACAAAGUUGGCAGUGCUGCCAAUGCCACCACGCACAUGCUACUCGAAGUGCCACCGUAACUAUUUGUACAGUAUAUAGCUGUAGACCUAAUAGGCUAAGUAGUUAUAACAUUUUCAAACUGUAAAUGGAAGUUACAAAUAGUUUUCUAUGUGCAAUCUAUUUUACUAAAGGAUUUAUUUUUAGAGAUUACCUGCUCUUUGAAUAAUAGAUGAUGGUGAUGAUUCCUUAAAUUAUAUCCAGAAGAUAGUUAUUGAUUUAAAAAGUUAUCAGUAUUAAUAUCAGGGCCUAAUAAAAGUUUUUUUUCUUACAAAACAUGUUACUUUCUCUGAAAUAGGGUUUUUUUUUUUUUUUUUUUUUUUUUUUUUUUUUUUUUCUUGCUUACAAAACAUGUUACUUUCUGUGAAGUUCUGCUUGAAUUUGGUAUGUAACUUAUUCAUAAGGCAACUUUAGGUGCAAGAAUAUAUAGAUAAUUUCAUAUGAUAUCCCUCCAGAAAUUGUUAGUGUAAAAGUAUGAAUGUAAAGCGUAAUGUAUUUUUGCAAAUGAAGAGCACUGACACACCUAAGCCUAGGAGGAAAAUCUUGAUUGUGUGACACACAGGCCACAGUGGCCACCAAUUGUUAUAGUCAGAUGCAUUUUAGGCACAGUAAUACUAUUUUAUAUAUUUUUUCAACAUUGAAAUGUGAAAAUAAUCAAAUAGGACUAUACUUGAAUUUUUUCGUUGCAAUUCAACAAAUAUCAAAAUGUUACGAAAACUUUCUCUGAUUUUUUAAAGUAUUUUGACAUUUGAACCUAGAUUUAUAAAGAGAUUUAUUGUUGAAUGUAUUUGCACUUUAAAUGUGUUUUCACAUUCAAAGAAAAUAUAAAUAUGUAGUUUGCUAGUUGCCAGUUAAAACCUUUUGAAUGAAAUCCUAUGCCUUCAUUUACAUAGAAUCACUUUUGAGCUUCAUUUACAUAGAAUCACUUUUGAGUAUGGGUGUAAAAACAAAACAAAUAUUGGGUAACCAUAACUUACAAGAAAAUAUGUACAAUAAUUUCAUCAGAGCUUUUUAAAAAAUAUAGCUUGGGAGUGUUGUAUCUAAGCUUUAAACUUAAUUAUAAAGCACAUUUCAUGAUCCAAGACACUUCAGUGGCUUUUAAAAGGAAGAAGGAAAAUAGCUGUAUACGUUUCUGUGUAUGUGUGGAGUUCACGGCCUUGGGAGAAUUAGUGGGUCUGCGCAGUGGGAACAUGUCAUUGAAAGUAAUGGGUUUAUUUAAAAAAAUUUUAUUUGAUCAGAAAAGUUUCUUUUACAACUGGGCUUUAACUUAUAACUAGACCAAAAUAUUUGAUAAAGUGUUAAUGAUUCUGUAGUUAAAAACCCCAGACCUCAAGGAUAUGUAUGACUUCUUAAUGGAAUUGAUCUUAAGCAUCAGCUCUAGUUUUUCAAAGAUAUUUACUGAAUUGUGUUCUGUGAUAGAAACCCUUUUAUGCAGAAAUAACUGUAAAAGGUUUAUAAUUGUACAUUUUGAGUUAGUAUGACCACCAUCUGCCUCUGACCCACUAGGGAAUGCCAAGGGUUGGAGAUAUAAAUGAUAUAAAAUACUCCCUUGAAUGACUGAUAUAGCAGAGGAUGGCUUCUGACCCACUAGGGAAUGCCAGGGGUUGGAGAUCCAUAAUGAUGCAUGAGUUAGGUAAUUGACUCAGGAGACCUUGUGCUACAGAUAGUGCUGUGGUGAUAAGGAAGAAUCAUUGCUGAAGAAGAUGAAGAAUUUACAAAAAAAAAAAAAGGAAUCUCUCCCAGUGGGGACCCACUGCCUGACCCAAGGUCUGCUGGAAAUGUGAUAAAGAAUAGAAUUUAAAGGAUUUAUGAUCUCCAGAACUUACUUUUUUUAUGUCCCUGUAGUUGAAAACUACUUUCAGGAAAAAUAUGAAAACACAUUCUCAGAACCAUUUGGUUCUCCCAAGGUACCAACAAAUUGCUCAGAUAGAACAAUGACGAAACCUAUCUUUCUGGGAUUUCCACACAACAGUAAGCAGCAAGAGCUAUUUUCUCCCAAUCAGUUGUACCCCAGCACUCGAAUUUGCCAAGCUGUUUAAAGAUAAUUUUUCCCUUUUGUAUAAAACUAAGACUUUACUCAGGGUAAGGUACCCUCCUCCCAACCACAAAUUUGUUUCAUUGUUGGAAUUCACUUGGGAGUUGUUGAAUUAAGGCUGUAGCAAGAAAAAUAUGGGCCCCAGUUAUUAACCCUUAAUGGACAGGCACCAUCAUAUGAGUAUCGAUAACUGGUUUUGGGUGGUGGAUGGGCUAACUUAUGGUGAGUAUCAAUAUUAUGCGCCAUACUAUUUUGAUGAAUCGAGCAAAAAUGAGGUUCCAUCACUUCAAUGUCCCAUAAAGCUUGGCGAACUAUGUUCGAUGUGACGUCAGAAGCGGAGAAACAGCGGGCAAGCUUCUGACGUCACAUCGAACAAAGUUCCCAUGCGGACGGGGCCAUUGACUAGCUAAGCUCAGACAGUGGGUCAUUGCUCUUGACUUGGUGGGUGUUGUAUUACUUCUCUCUAUCCCAUGAUGUCUUUUUGUUUAGUUACUCAUAAAUAUACCCAGGGAUUGCUGUUGGUUUUAGUUCUUAUCUUUUAUAAUGUGAUGUCAGUUAUAAUUGUAAUCUUUUACAACAAAUAUACUUACAAUUUGUCACUGAUUUUAGUUCUUAUCUGUUAUGAUAUUGUGUGAGCUGUAAUUAUAAUUUUACAAAAUAGAACAAAAUAGAUUAUUAGAAAAAACAUACAAGUGUCUUGUGAAAUGGUUACUUUCAACUUCCUGUGGAAGGUAGGGAAAAUUGUUUAGAAUAUUUGUUCUUACACCAUGUGCAUUUGCAUAUCUUCCACUUUUCAUUGAUGUGUUUUUUAUUAAAUUUGCCGACCUCAAAGUUUGCCCGGUUGUGGGGGUGCAUAAUAUAUAUUUAGCCCGUCCCUUAAGGGUUCAAGGAAUCACACAUCUUAACAACUGCUUAAUUAGUUUUCUGUUGGGCAUUAGCAUGUUUUUUUUUUUUCAUGACUGGCAGUUGUGAUAUUUCAUGAAAUAUGAAAAUGGUUAUAAAGUAAUUGCUUGUAAAAUCUGUGAAAUGUCUGUCUCCUGUAUAUACAUAUAAAAAGAAUUUCCUUAUACUUUUAAGAGUAAAAACUCAUGGUAAGUGGCCUUAAAAUUUUGCUGAUAUUGUUGUUGCUAAUUGUAUCAUUCAGGCAGACAUUGGAGUCUCUCAUCUUCAGUUUUUGUAAAAUACUAAAAGAUUUCAUUUUUAUGUACUGUAUAGUACUAAAUUUUAUAUUUUUUGAAAAGAGUUUUAUGCUUUAUCAGUAAUUUUAUGCAAAUGAAAAAUGUUAUUGAUUAAUAUUUUGGCAGAUGUCAGUUAUAAUCAUGAGAGUGAAGCCAUGGAAAUGAUGUUUUUCACAGGGAACAAAGUUAUUGUGAGAUACAAUUACUGGAUUGAAAAUGUGCAGGUCAGUGUGUUAAAAGGGAUGCGAUAAAAAAUGGUUCUUUAUCGCACCUUGUUGGCUACUAAGCUUUUAUAUGAAAAUGAUCUUAUCCAAACUUUUUUAGAAUAGCUUAUGAAUUACUGAAAAGUAGUAUGCUUAUGACUUUGUUAUUUUGUGCACCACUUUGCAGUUAGAGCAUACACAUUUUCAGUAAUGUAUUUUUGAUAUUGUAUAGAAAUGAAUUUAUUUAUUUUAAUUUAUUGUAAUGUGCUAUUUGUACCAUAAAUAUAAUACUUUGUGAUCUCUUUGAACCUUUUUAUUAGUUGUUGAAACUGAAAACAGUUUCAGUCGAUGAUAAUAGGAAAUCUGCAUCACUCUGUAUCUUUCUUUAGUAUACUUAGCUCUAUUAAUUUGAUUUUUUAAAUAAAGACUAAAUUACUAAAAA